AUGACAUGCAUAGCUCUUUUCCAGUAUUGCUUGUUCCUGUGGUCAUGGAGUGUCAAGAGCUCUGCCAUGACUAUGUCUGCAGAAUUAGUGACUAUUUCAUGCAGGAGAGCAACAGAGGGAGUGGUGGCAGCAGUUUGGGAUGCUUCAGCAUGUUGGGACAUUUUUGUGGAAGUGGGGUACUGGUGUGAGAGUGGUGCAGUCAAAUCACUGAAUAUCAUGGAGCAAAAGUCAGUAAGGUGGAGGCUGGGCAGUCCAGACACUCAAUUCAUCUCCCCACACAAUAAACCUUGGGUAUUGCCAGGCACUGACAAUACAGAUAUGGUUGUAGAUGAACCACAAUUUCUACCAUUUGGAGUGGCCAUGAAUGCCACAGCUUGGGGCCAUCAGCUAGGAUUGCCAUCAUCCUCCAUGCUGCUGAAUGCCUGCCCUUCCCAGCCAUUGCUCAGCAUGCUUGCACCAUCUUGGGAUUCCCCACCACUUUCACUGGAGGUGCAGCCAUCUGCUGCUGAUCAACAAUGGGAGGCAUGGCAAGCAAGUCACUCCAUGCCAUCCUUGGCUGCCAUUGCACCUAGCUGGGAUUUGCCAACAUCUUCCCCAGCAGUCUCACCCCCACCUAGAUCAUUGCCAGCAUCCACACAAAUUCCACAAACUGCACCAUCUCCCCUGGAUCAUGCAUAUAUGGAUGAGCAGUUAGAUGGUGUGGCAGCCUCUGAGCCACAGCCCAUCCCAGCUACAUCACAGCAACCAUCUCCACAGCCUAUGGCCACCAAUGCCACUGCUGUAUUAAGUGUAUUAGCUUGCUUUUUGGCAUUGCAACGUUUUGCCAGUGACUUGGUAUACAAGGAAGGAAUUCAUGAUGAAGGGCCAAUUACAACAUCAGUGGAAAAAGCACAGUGGCUUGUGGUUCUUCUCAUGGGACCAGCUGAUGAGCACCUGCCCCAUCUUAACACCACCACUGAUGGGCAAAUCAUUGUGGCCUACAACCACUACAGCAAUAUAUUGGUGGAAUCAAGCAUCUGGUUUCACCUGUUGCUUGCAAGGAGAGCACAGCUGGCAAGGACUCAGCAAUAUAUACAAGAUUUGAUGACCAGUGAUUGGGAUGGCAAGGAUGAAUUGGAACUGGAUGAGGAUUUAUUGUAA